UCGAGCCGCCUCAGUCAGUCCACUUCGAGACGUCCAGCGGCGCGGUCGAGUCUCGCUCUCGCAUCGACGCGCGUGAGAGGCUCGCGAAACGUCAAUGACGCGUAUCACUUGCGUAGAUCCGUUCCACCACGUUGUUCUCGCGUCCUGCGUAUGCACCUGAUCGCGAAGCUUGUCGCAGUCGCGUCGCAUCAUCAUCGAUCACUCGCAUUACAAUCGGUCCGAGACACCUGAACAUAGCAGCGUCUAACAUUUCAUCGCCACUGACGAUUGUGACAAGCGCGCGCGACAACAUCAACAUGGAUCGAUCGUCCAAAUUUAUUCUGCGGAAGCUGAUUGUGGACUUCCUCUGCUUGUUUGUUGUGGGUAUCUCGGUGCUGAUGUUUUUCCUGUUUGGUAAACCGUAUAAACGCGGCUUUUUUUGCAACGAUGAAUCACUCUAUCACCCGUAUCACGAUUCCACGGUUACGAGUGCGAUGCUGUACGUCAUCGGCCUUUUGCUUCCUAUAUGCACGAUGGUCUUAGGAGAGUACCUGCAUGCCAGACAUUUUUCUGGACAUACGGCGAAGGUGCUCUUCGGAUACACUAUACCCCCAUGGCUGUGGAACGCUUACGAAAAGAUCGGGGUGUUCGCUUUCGGGGCGGCCUGCACCGCAUUAACCACAGACAUCGCGAAAUACACCAUAGGUCGGCUGCGACCGCACUUCAUGAAAAUCUGUGUACCUGACGUAGACUGCAGCUUACCUGAAAAUCAGCACAGAUACAUCGAGCAAUUUAACUGCACCGCGACCGGGAUGUCGGCCAGAAUGCUAAAGGAAAUCAGAUUAUCGUUUCCCUCCGGUCACUCGUCCUUCUCGGCCUACACCAUGAUCUACCUUGCGAUGUACCUUCAAUUAAGGAUGAGAUGGAAGGGCAGCAAAUUGCUUAAGCACUUCCUGCAACUUCUGUGCCUGUUCAUGGCCUGGUUUACCGCUAUGACACGAAUUUCCAAUUACAAACAUCACUGGAGUGAUGUUCUUGUCGGAUCUUCUCUUGGCAUCAUCAACGCUUUAAUUGUGGCGUAUUGCGUGGCGGAUCUCUUCAAGGAGGAAAGAGAGAGGCACUGUUCUACGGAGAAGCAUCGACCUGCCGAUUACGAGACGGAAACUGGCGGCGUUCCCGGCAUACAGUUGUCUCUGGGAAGCUAAGAAGGUUUCCGGAUUUUUUUCGGCGAACAUCAGAUCAGAUCUCGUCUGGAUACGUACAUGUCAGCGUAGCCUUCUCCAGCCCUGGACUCUCCUUUAGUGCGCGACGAAUUCUAGACUCUUUCAAGAACACUUUUUUUAUACUCCAAGUAAUAGUUCAAUCGCCUAAUUGUUUCUUUAGGACAACGUUUCUCGACGAAUUUCGACGAUCAUCCUGUUUCCUUCCUUAACAUCGAUGUAUCGAGCAUUUAGAGUCCUCGUUAAUUAGCUCUGCUGAUGUUGUACGAAGAAAGUGAGGAAGAAAGACAUAGAGUGCAAUGUAUAGCUAAAGCUUGCGAAUAUUUUUUUUAUUUCGUUGAGCUUUGUUUCAUUAUGCGAACGUGUUAUUCAACAUGGAACGCGAUGUAUUUUAUGUUGCAGUGAAGAGCGAUAUAAUUUCUCUUCUACUUUAUGCCUUCGUCUCUUAGCUUAUUGUAGUGCUCAGAGAAUAGAUGUACGCUUACAUUUGUUGCGACUGAGUAACGAAAGCGAAUAUCUCUCGUUGCGAAAAAUCAGUCGGUAUAUUAGUUAAAACGUAGAAGAAAAUUAUUUUCGUAAUUAAUAUUUAUAGAUAAUUUUAAAUGAUGACAAUGAAGAUGUAUUUAUUUCUUUACAUCACAUAUAUAUAACAUAUAUUUAUUUUUAAUCGACGAAUGGUGCUUCAAGUUUGCUAAGUUUAGCGUAAUGAAUCGAUAGACUCUUUAAGAGAUUAUUUUUUUUAUUGUAAUGGAAAAUUGACGAUCGAGAAUACUGUUUUGCAUUAUGUCAACAUAUAUGUUUUAUAAUUACAUUAUCUUGCACUCUUAAUUAUAAUUUGUCUAUACCGUGUGAUAUUUGAAAAGUAUACACGCGUUAUGUACAAGAUUCAAAUUUAGAAGAUGAUUUUUUAAUAGUUUAUUAUUUUAUAUAUGUUGGCCUAUUCUGCAGAGCAGAAAUUUGUAGAUAGCAGCAGAUAGUAGCAAUUAGAAUUGCAGAUAGUAGAUUCCGCAGCCGUUAAAGUGCAUUCGGAUUAUAAAAGAGAUUCGGAAAGAGAUGAUAUUAAUAAGAUUUUCAAAUCGAUUUCGCUCUUACUCUGUAACUGUGUUAUGAUUCGAUGUCGUAAACUAUUCGACAAAGUUAACGACAGCGUGUAACUCGUGUCACUGCGACUUUUUUUUACUUAUGACAUGUUCUGAAACUAUUUGAUAUAUCUUAAGACUUUAAUAGUAUUUCCUGCGCGAAAAUUAGACAAAUUAAAAUCGAUUGAGAAAGUUUUUUUUGUUAAAUUGUAAAUAUAUAUUUUCAUUAUCAAAGGG